CGAGAGCCCCAUAGCCACAGGCAGAGGAGUAAAAAGAAUGUGUACUUCCAAACACUAAACCUAUGCACCUGAAUAAUUGUUUCAUGAUCUUUGGAGGUGAAAUCUCAUAAUCUGGAUUUUAUUUCCUUUUCCUGCAAAUUUGGAACUUCCUGGGAAUCCUACAGGUCUUUUACAAUCUUCAGAUCUUUGUAAAAACUGAGCUCCUUAUCAGUACAAUUGUGGAAUCAGAAAACCAUCCUUCUCAAAGCAACUUGGGAGUUAUUCCAGGAUUCGAGUCCUCUUGUGGCUUUUGAAAAACGUUAUUCCUACUCCUUGUUUCUUGCCGUGGAACAUCAGAAACACUGUGAGAUACUUCUUGAAUAUUUUCUGGAAUACUUUGUUUAUUUUACAAUCUUUGGAACCUCGUCAUCCUCAAAGACACUUCCUGUUGGACAUAAUCUGGAAACUGGAACCAUUCUGCAAUCUCAGUCUUAGUACCUCCAAAAUCUGUCUUUGACCUUUUCUGGAAUACCGGGUCUAUCCCACAAACCUGACAUCUUGUAGAACUGCACUCUGAUCCUGGAAACUUGCGCACCAAUCAUUCUUAAGUAAGUGUCCUGUCAUUUCCUAAAACUUUCUUAAUGGCUCAGUCAGACCCCUGCCCAAACCCAGACCUGUCAAAUAGCGCCAUUGUCCUCAGCCCACUAGGUAUGUGUUCAGACCUGGAUACCCAGAGAGGAAGGGAGGAUGAGGAGGAAGAAGAAGAAGAUGAGGAGGUGGAACUAGCCGAGGAGGUAGGGGAGGAUGUUUUGAUGAUGGCUGGAGCAGGAGAGAGGCAAGCCGAAGGAGAAAACAGAGAGCAGAGUGAAAGGGAGGAAGUGAGGAUUAUCCAAGUGUUAUCAAAUGGAGUAAUAAAAGAGGGGGAGGGAGAAGGUGAAAACCUGGAGGAAAAUGGCGAAGAAGGAGUAGAAGUGGAGGAUGAAGAGCACAAAAUGACAGAUGAACAGACAAGAGAGAAGGAAGGUAAAGCCGAGGCAGAGAAAGUGUCAAAAAACACAAAGACAGUGGCUGAAAAUCCAUGUCACUUUUUAGCAAUGACAGAGGUUGAGGAAGGUCAAGAGCAGACAUUAGACAGGAAUGAAGACAGGGACGAUGAGGAAAAUAAACUAGAGGCGGUGAUAGAAAGCUCAGAAAUAGCGCUAAGGGAGGAUGAGACCAAUGAUGGAGACAAUGGGUUAGAAGAACACCAGUUAGUGUCCAGUACUGAUGAUGAAGAGCAUGUUCAGGGCUCAGGUACUCAUGUAGAAGGUUCAGCAGAGGGUACGCGGUUGUCUAUUGAUAACGCAGACAAAACAGAAGUUGUUAUUCUACUCACUGAUGGUAAGGUAACAGGAAGUGUUGAGGAUCAAACAAUAGAUGUGGACCCUGUUACCAUGGGGAUGAACAAACAAGUCAACACUCAAGAUGAUGCAUGCCAAGCCUCAACUGUUGGCAACAGUGGCGUAACCUCUGAUACGGCUGGCACAAUCGAAAUGGUGACCAAUCAGACCAACCAAUUAGCCAGUGAGAAUAAAGAUGAAAUAAAAAAAACUGACAAGACAGACAACUCAGACUCCAGAAAACAGGAAGUUGAGUCCAUUAAUAAUAACAGCACAUGGCAACAGGAGGAUUGCUUAGAGGCAAAGGUUGAGGAUAAGACAACUAAGAAGUUUCUACCCUCUGAAGAACAGUCGCAGGCAGAAGGAGGGAUUGAGGAAACAAGUAUGGUAGGGAUCAACCAGAAGGAGCAAGAGGAAGAGCAAGUGCGACAGGUUUGGGUUAAUACUCUAACAUUGAUGGAUAGGGGAGGACAGAGUGUGGAAGAGGAGGGGAAGAGAGGCGAUAACGUUAUUAGAGAGUCAGUGGGUGAGGGAGAGCACAAACAAGAAAGAGAAAUGGAAGAAGAGAAGAUGGUUGAAGUUGAAAUCCCAGCUAAGGUAGAUUUCCUAGACACACAGGAAGAUGAAGAUUUGGACCAGGUGGAGGAGGCUUUUGAACUAGAGGCAACUGAACCUGAUAUGCCAGGAGGUGAGGUCUCAAAGGAGAAUGAGUCUACAGAGAAGGAAGGCGAUUGGCAAGAACAUCCUUCGCAGCUUUUCAAAGAAGCAGAGACAGAUUGGGGAGAAAACUUGAAAGAACAGCAAAGACAGGAGGCAAUUGUAGAAGAUGAGAAAGGAGGAGGAGCAGAAGAACAUGUAACGGAGGAAGAGGUGGAGAUGGCGGAAGAGCCUGUGACUGUUUUAGAUGAUGAGAUUGAAGAGAUAGAGGAAAGCCCGGGUAGAGAACUUGAAGAACAAAAGCUCACCACCAUAGUGGAGACAAAGGAGGUUACCAAGGUUAAACUUGUCAAGGAGAAUGAUGAGAAACAGAAAGAUGGAAAAGGAAAGGCAGAGAAGGAUGAGAAGCCGAAAGACGACAACAGACAAGUAGAGUUAGAUAUUAAUGGAAAAGUUAAAGUACUCAAGCAAGCAAUGGAGAAUGGGAUCUUGAGUCCUGAACCUCAGCCGCUCAGGAAAGAAGAAUCAGGGACAGCAAGAGUGCUGUCACUCAGGAGAAAAGAUAAUGACUGGAUAAAAAAAAAUCAACCCGAGGAAGAGAGUGCAUCAGAAGUGAAAGACUGGAGGAAAGAACUGAAACCUGUGAAAAAAGACACCUGGGAAUCUGAGAAGGGAAGAAAAGAAUGGGUGAAGAAGGAAACAUCUCCAGAAGAGAAAAGUCCGCCAAGGAAGGAGGACUGGAUAAAGGAGCUGAAGUCAGUGAUCAAAGACGAUUCCCUGCCCAAAAAGAAGGAUGAGCAGGUGAAGAAAAAGCGAGUGGUGCUGUUGGAGGAUGGCCAUUCGUAUUUCCCCCAGCGGGAGGAGAUGAAUGAAAAGAGAGAGGAGGUGAAAUUGAUCUCCCACAGGAGGGUGGAGAGCCCUUUGCCUCCUGUGCGCAGAACAUCCCAAGACCAGGAAUAUGAGAUCUCGCUCUAUGUCAAGGCGGGAAGUAAUGGGGAGAGCAUUGGCAACUGUCCGUUCUCUCAGAGACUCUUCAUGAUCCUGUGGCUUAAAGGAGUCGUCUUCAAAGUCACCACCGUUGACCUCAAACGGAAGCCGGCUGACCUGCAGGACCUCGCUCCAGGAACCAACCCUCCUUUUGUGACCUUUAACGGCGAGGUAAAGGUCGAUGUCAACAAGAUAGAGGAGUUCCUGGAGGAGAAACUGACCCCACCACGCUACCCCAGACUGGCUCCCAAACAUCGUGAAGCCAACACAGCGGGCAUUGAUGUGUUCGCCAAGUUCUCAGCUUACAUCAAAAACCCACGGAAAGACACCAACGACGCCUUAGAGAAAGCCCUGCUGAAGUCUCUCCGGCGUCUCGAUGACUUCCUGAGGACUCCCCUGCCUGACGAGAUUGAUGCUGACGCCGCAGGAGACCUGCCCGAGUCCUCCAGGAGUUUCCUAGAUGGGUCUGAGCUCACCCUGGCUGACUGCAACCUGCUGCCUAAACUACACAUCCUUAAGGUCGUAGCCAAGAAAUACCGCGGCUUUGAGAUUCCAGCAGAGAUGUCAGGGGUGUGGAGGUAUUUAAACUCCGCCUAUCAGAGGGAGGAGUUCACCAGCACCUGCCCUGCUGAGAGGGAGAUCCAAUUUGCCUAUCUGGAUGUUGCAAAACGAAUCAAAUAAGAGGAAGAGUGGGGAAUGGAGGAAAGAAUGGGGGUAAAUAAAUAACAGAGAGGAGAAAAAUUACUUUAGUAAACCAUGGAGAGAUUUAUCAUGGAUGCCUGUAGGUGGUAGACAAAAAAAGAAAACAUGACGAGAGAGAUGAGAGUCAUGAAGAAGUAAGGGAUGGGGAAACUGAUAAUGAGGAAAGAAAUCCAACUGGUGGAUGAAUCCUGAUGAAUUUUAAAUGAAGAAUAAAAACUCCAGGAUAUAGACUAGUCUGAUCGAAACUGAUAUUAAAACAUCUAUUAACUCCCUUUCUGCAUCAGCUUGGAAGUGAAACAUUGAUUACGUGUUUGUGUGUGUGUGUGUGUGUGUGUGUGUGUGUGUGUGUGUGUGUCCGUGUGUGUAUGUGCUCUCACAGGUUGGGUUGCACAGUUAUAUCUUUAUGCUAAUCAUUUUACAAAUAAUGACAACCAGUUUUUAGAGGUCUUUCAGAAUUAAUUCCUGAGUGCUUGUUUUUUUUUUUUCUUUCAGUUUUUAGACGAUGGCAGGGCCAAGUUCACUGCAAAGACUAAGUAGCAAUUAACAAGCUUUACUUUUCAGUAUUACUGUAUCAGAAAGACGAUCUUGUCUAAGAAUUAUAGAUUAGUUAACACUUAAAUUUUAAUCAGAACCUUUAAUAUACACAGGAAUCUGCUAUUUAAACUCAUUUCAAAUUACGUUAACACUAAUGUGAAAUUAAAGAACAUUACACACACUAUAUUGUCAAUUACGGCCCUUGAAAUUAUGCAUUAAUGCAUUGGUCCGUCAUUUUUGAAAAUACAUUGCUUUCUUGCCCAGAGUAAGAUGAGAAGAUGGCUACCACUCGCUCGUGUGUACGCUAAAUAUGAGCCAGGAAUUGUUUAACUUAGCCAAAGACUGGAAACAACUUCCAUGGCUCUGGCUGGUUUUGUACAUUUGCAGAUAUUCUGUAAUUGGGUAGAAAUAUCAGAAAUAUCCUUUAAGCCUUACUUGAUCAAAAUUCCAUUCAUAAUUUUGAAGACAACUGAACUUCAGUGUUCAACGGAUCUUCCUCUUGUUGUUCUCCAGCAGUCCACUUCUAAGUGUAUGCACUGUGUAUAAAAUACAUCAUAUGAUUCAAUUUCCUUCAUUAAAUGUCUCUGUCUUGAUGUUAAUGAUGAAUCAGUAGUCACAUCAAAUUGGAAAGUUAAAUUAAGUGUCUAAUGUCAAGGCCCGACUAGCUAAGAGCCUUUUCUAUUUGUACAUUUUAUAAACAGUUAAUUGUAUUGAAUAUGUAUACUGACACUAUUUACUCAUAUUGUGAUUUUCUUUGUCAUACUUUGUAUCUUAAUACUACUGAGUGUGAGCAGGCUUCGGUGCUGGUUGGUUUAACUGGUGAUGACAACUGUUGGAUGAUGAGUUACAAACACUCAAAAGCCACCAUUAUAAUCCUGUGUCACUUGUCCAAAUAAGUCCUUGCUGCUGUUGUCCCUUUGAGCAUCCACCAUUUUCAGAAAAGCAGGUGAUAUAGUUGCAUUUAUGUCUUCCAAGAAUCACAUUGAUCAGUUAAAAACAGUGCAUCCUGCCACGGUGAUUUACUGUUUCAUUAUUUGUUUGUUUUGUUUCAACUCAUUUGGCAUUUUAUUUCAGGUAUUUUGGGAAUGUCUUAACGAGAAGGCACAAAUGUUCCAGUUUUUCCUAGUUCCUUUGAAUGCACCUUUAGUUAACUAAAAUCACUUGUUUGAUUGAUUGACAGAGGUGGUUUAGUGGGUUUUCGUGGACGUCUUGCAGCCAUUCAGUGUUUGGCAGAGAUGUAUGAGUGUUAUCAGCACCAAACCAACCCUGACACCAUGCCUGCUGUGUUCUGGCCUUAUAUCCUCUCUGCGGAGAAUCUUUAUUAAACUGAUUUUAUCAUUA